CGCCACCGGUGGAAGUCGAGUUUGAGAUGGAGGUCCCGACAACAACCACAACCAGUCGACCCCCUGCUAACUACCAAUGGGGACAGUAUAAUCAGAACUACGGUGCUAACCAGUACCAGCCGGGUCCCUCUGGUUCCUACCAACAGAACCAGUACCAACAGCCGGCGCCUCAGACGCAGCCUAGCGGUUACAGCAACAGCUAUUAUCAACAGAAGACAUCACAACCACCACAACAACCCCAGCCACAACAGCCUCCACCUCAGCAGCAGCAGUAUGCCCAGAGCGGAUGGAGCCAACAACAGCAGCAACCAGGUGCUUACGGCUCGCAGUCGCCUCCACCAGCAGGGGACCCAACAGACCCCUUCUCUACCAAGUUUGACAUGAGCGCGCUGAAACCGACCGUCUUCAAUUCCCAGUUCCAGAACCAGCCACCGCAACAGCAAGGUGGAGAAUUUGCUGGGAUUUUCGGAGACCAGGGCGCUCAGAGACCAAACCCCAACGCACCGCCUGGAAAAGUUGACUUUGCAUCUAGGGGUCCCAACCCCAUACAGCUGAACCAGUUCUUGGCUCAACCGACCUCCCCUAAAGACGCGAACGCUUUGGAUGCUUUGUUGGGUUCUCUGCUCAGUGGCACAGUAGCAGCGCAGAACAGCGGCCAGGUGUCAUUAUACCCCGUUCGAAACACAACGGCAUCUCCUGCUCCAGCGUCAGCCCUUGUAAGUGACAGGCUCAACGGGUUUGUCCUGGGCCCCAAAACGGAGUAUCGCAGCAACGUAUUCAGCGAGAUCCCAGUCAACAACGCUGCAUACGAUAGCCUGAACCCACUAGCUGGGUUUAUGGGUGAGACUCCCCCUCCACCAAUAACCACCACACCUAUACCACCAGGCAGAAACGGCGAUUUCCUGGAGGGCUUUAUAGGUGUCAACAAGGUGUUUGAGCCACCAAAACCUGCCAGGGAUAACUAUCAACCCAAUAUCUACGUGUACAACCCCAUGAACGACGCCGCUCCUCCUCCUCCUACUCCUGCUGCAAGGUCCCCGCCACCUGCAGCCCCACCAGCUCCUGCAGCUCUAAAUGACCAAGCACUGAACAACAUGGGGACCCAGGAACUGGGUUUCCUAGUUGAGAAGUUGCUAGGAGCUAUGGCUAAACAACAAGGCCCGGGCCAAGGUUGA